CACGGUGGUCGCGCCCACCGGGAGGUGGCGCCUUAUCGGAGUCCCGCCCCCGCGGAGGCGCGGCCUGCGGCGCGCGGGAAGUGGAGAGCGGCAGCGGCGGGAGGUAGUGGCUCCGCGGACUGCCGGGUCCCUGCAGGUCUUUGGAAAAGGAACGCCGCUGGAGGAAGGUUUUUGCCCCGUUUAGACCCGGGAGGAUGAAAGUGAUCACGUGUGAAAUAGCCUGGCACAAUAAGGAGCCGGUGUACAGCCUGGACUUCCAGCCCACCACGCUGGGGAGGAUACACCGACUGGCGUCUGCGGGCGUAGACACUGCUGUCCGGAUCUGGAAAGUGGAAAAAGGACCAGAUGGGAAAGCCAUUGUGGAGUUCCUGUCCAAUCUCACUCGGCAUGCCAAAGCUGUCAAUGUUGUGCGUUUUUCUCCAACUGGGGAAAUUUUAGCAUCGGGAGGAGAUGAUGCUGUCAUUCUGCUGUGGAAGGUGAACGAUAACAAGGAACCAGAGCAGAUCUCAUUCCAGGAUGAAGAUGAGGCCCAGCUGAAUAAGGAGAACUGGACUGUGGUGAAGACCCUGAGGGGCCACUUAGAAGAUGUAUAUGAUAUUUGCUGGGCAACUGAUGGGAAUCUAAUGGCCUCUGCCUCUGUGGACAACACAGCUAUCAUAUGGGAUGUCAGUAAAGGACAAAAGAUUUCCAUCUUUAAUGAACAUAAAAGUUACGUACAAGGAGUAACCUGGGAUCCUUUGGGUCAGUAUAUUGCUACCCUGAGUUGUGACAGGGUGCUGCGGGUGUACAGCACACAAAAGAAACGUGUGGCCUUCAAUGUUUCAAAGAUGCUGGCUGGAAUAGGGGCCGAAGGAGAGGCAAGAAGUUUCCGGAUGUUUCAUGACGACAGCAUGAAGUCCUUCUUCCGCAGACUCAGUUUCACUCCGGAUGGGUCUUUGCUCCUCACACCAGCUGGAUGUGAGGAAUCUGGUGAAAACGUGAUGAACACAACGUAUGUAUUCUCCAGGAAAAAUCUGAAAAGACCGAUUGCUCACCUCCCGUGUCCUGGCAAAGCCACACUUGCUGUCCGCUGCUGUCCUGUCUACUUUGAGUUGAGGCCGGUGGCAGAAGCAGAGAAGGCGUUGCAGGAGCACGCCGUGGAGCUGGUGAGCCUGCCCUACCGCAUGGUGUUUGCCGUGGCCUCUGAGGACUCUGUGCUGCUGUAUGACACACAGCAGUCCUUCCCUUUCGGCUAUGUCUCCAACAUCCACUACCACACCCUGAGUGACAUCUCCUGGUCCAGUGAUGGGGCCUUCCUGGCCAUUUCUUCCACAGAUGGUUAUUGCUCAUUUGUGACAUUUGAGAAAGAUGAACUUGGCAUACCUUUGAAAGAGAAGCCAGUUUUGAGCUUAAGAACUUCUGAUACAGCAAAGAAAACCAAGAGUCAGGCGCACCAGGGGUCUUCACCAGGGCCCAGAUCGGCAGAGGGAACUCCCACCAGCAGAAUCCAAGAUGCCAGCAGUCCCUGUACCACCCCCUCACCAACCACACAGUCUCCAGUCCCAGUCACCGGCAAGGAUACGCCCUCUGUGAUUCCUGCUGUCAAAAGCUCCUUGCCAGGAUCUUCAGAGGAGAAGACCCUGCAGCCUGCUAGUCAGAACACCAAAGCCCACCCACCCCGGAGGGUCACUCUGAACACGUUACAGGCCUGGAGCAAGAUAACCCCCAGGAGAAUAAACUUAACAUCCUUAAAGACAGAUGCUGUACAGAAUCCUGUGCCCACCAGCAUAACUGCCACCUCUUCCACAGAAGAAAUCCAGUCAGAGAUACCUGGAGACUCCCAGGGCGAUCCUCCAGGAAAGAAACGGCCCAGACUGGAGGAACCUGAAGGAGGCUCCCAAAGCACAGACCCUGAGGAGACCUUGAAGUCGGCCUAAGGCUUGCAAGGGCCGGACCCUGUUUGUGCAGGGAGGGAGGCAAGGCCCAAGACCCUGAGGCUGGUAAUGGUGAUGUUGGUAGAACAGACACUCAUAAAUGGAUUCUUCCAGCAAUCCGUGUGCUCUCGUAUUCAGCGUCCCUUUUUAACCUGGGCUCUGGGUGCUGUGCUAGGCUGAGACUGCUUGAUGAAUUUCUGAAAUUAGGAAAUCAGUAAACCCUCCCUUAACACUCCUGAAA